AUGUCCAAGCUCGGGGUGUCGAAGCAUCACGGACUGGAAGACAGCCCCGCACUCCCGACUGACGCCUGCCUGGCCUCCCACCCUAGCGCAGGCCAGCAUCAGUCCAGAAGUCAGAAGUCAGAAGUGCAGCCGCAACGUGCUCUCGGUACUUGGACCCCUACACUACAGGGCUUCCUACUUUUCCUCCUGCCGCCUUUCCUCCAAAGAGGUACCUACCUAACCUACCUUUACGCUGCUCUAGCGCCGGGCGAUGUACAUCUUGUCCCGACUCGAGUAAAAUACUCUAAUCCAGAAUCAAACAAUUGCUGCAAACCUCCCAGACCUUCCUCCGCCUUGCAGGGCCUGGAACACACCAUCGUCGAGCUCAAUUCCGCUCUUGAGCUGUCGUGCACCACCUCUCCUCGUCCUCGGCCGCGUCUCCCAAGUUUCACACCGUCUAUCCCGUCAAAUAUCGAGGAGAAAGAAAGUCAAAACAAGGCAAUCCGUCCCCUCUCCAUUUGCCCUGGGGCCUUCGAACAGGGGCAACCCGAGUCAGUCCCAUCGCCCGCUUCAGCGGCCAACCUUGGCUUACGACAUCCGGCUGACCCUGAAGACGUCAAUCUGACCGGCCGAGAUGACGGAAUGGCCAUCUCGGGCGGUUACUAUACUUUGGCAAUUCGCCAUUGCCCCUCUUCAAGACUGUCUUCUCCUACGCGUGUCCGUGUGCGUGAACACCCAGACCAGAAGACCCUGACUUGGUCCUGCGGAGCCUGA